AUGGAAAAUCAAACUAUAGUAACAGAGUUUAUUCUCUUGGGACUAUCCAGUGAUCCACAAAUACAGGUUUUUCUCUUCUUGCUGUUUCUAAUAAUAUAUGUUGCUACACUAUUUGGGAAUGCACUGAUCAUGCUGGUGGUAAGAACUGAUCCCACUCUUCAUACCCCCAUGUUCUUCCUUCUCAGUCACUUAGCCUUUCUUGAUAUCUGCUAUUCAUCUGUUACUCUCCCCAAAAUGCUAAAAAGCCUCAUAACAAAGCAGAAAACAAUUUCCCAGGAAGGCUGCAUAGCACAGAUUUUCUUUUUUUUCCAGGCUGCUUGUGCUGAAGUAUUUAUUCUCUCAGCUAUGGCUUACGACCGGUAUAUUGCUAUUUGUGAUCCAUUGCAUUACAUAUCGAUCAUGAGGAAAGAAAUCUGCAGACAGCUGUUAGGUGGAGCUUGGGCUAUGGGUUUCUUGUAUGGUGUAAUGAAUUCACUCCCUUUGGUGAAAUUGCAUUUUUGCAGGAACAAUGAAAUCAGCCAUUAUAGCUGUGAAAUACCUUCCCUUUUGCUGUUGUCUUGUGAUGAGACAUUUUCCAAUUACAUCAUACUUCUUGCCUCAAGUUUUCUCUUUGGCUUUGCCUCCUUCCUCCUCACCUUUGUUUCCUACAUUUAUAUUAUUGCCACCAUCUUGAAGAUUCGCUCAGCAGAAGGCAGAAGUAAAGCAUUUUCAACCUGCACUUCUCAUCUCAUUGUUGUAGCUUUAUUCUAUGUAACUGGUUACUUUCGAUAUCUCAGACCCAAUUCAUCUUCAUCAGUCAUUCUGGAUCACCUUUUUUCAAUCCAAUACAGCAUUUCUACACCCAUGUUAAACCCAGUUAUCUACAGCCUGAAAACCAAGGAGGUGAAGGAAGCCAUUAAGAAACUAAUGAAUCAAAAAUUUGGAUACCCACAUUAA